UAUCAUCAUCACACCUGUUUCUGUCUUACUACACACAGACCCACACUCAUAGACUGUGACAGGCUGCGGAAACAAAGCACUGGUACUCAGUGAGGAUGGAGCAAGAAUAUGAUAUUAUCGUGCUUGGAACUGGACUGAAGGAAUGCAUCCUCUCUGGUUUAAUGACUUUAAGUGGGAAAAAGGUUCUCCACAUUGAUAAGAAUCCUUAUUAUGGAGGAGAGAGUGCAUCCAUUUCUCCUCUUGAGGAGCUGUACAAGAAGUUUAAGACUCCUGGUCCUCCAAAAUCGAUGGGCAGAGGGAAAGAGUGGAAUGUUGACCUCAUCUCCAAAUUUUUUCUUUCCACCGGUCAGAUGGUAAAAAUCUUGUUGCACACCGAGGUUACUCGGUAUCUGGACUUUAAAGUCGUAGAAGGCAGCUACGUAUACAAAGGAGGAAAAGUGCACAAAGUCCCCGCCAGUGAAAAAGACGCAGAUGCUUCAGAUCUGAUGGGCAUGUUCGACAAGAGGAGGUUCAAGAAGCUGCUGCUCUUUGCUCUGAACUUUGACAUAAGAAACCCUCGCACCCACCAUGAUGUGGAUCCUCACAAAACGACCACAAGGGAAUUGUUCCAUCGCUACGACCUGGGACUUGAUGUCAUAGAGUUUAUAGGUCACGCCAUAGCCUUGCACAACAGUGAGAGUUACCUGGACCGGCCCUGUGUGGAAACCAUCAGUCGGAUCAGGCUGUACUCCGAUUCGCUGUCCUGUCGAAACACCAGUCCGUACCUCUACCCACUGUAUGGUCUCGGGGAGAUACCACAGGGUUUUGCCAGACUGAAUGCAGAGUAUGGAGGAACGUUCCUGCUGAACAGGGCAGUGGAUGAAAUUGUGAUGGAUAGUGGCAAAGUGAAAGCUGUGAAAUCUGAGGGGAAGCUGUUCCACUGCAAACAGUUAAUCUGUGAUCCCAGCUACGUUCCCAAUCGAGUGAGGAAGGUGGGGCGUGUCGUUAGGGCGAUCUGUUUUCUAAAUCAUCCAGUUAAACACACUCAUGAUGUCAGCUCCUGUCAGAUCAUCAUCCCUCAAACUCAGCUUAACAGGAAGUCAGACAUUUAUAUAUCUGUAGUGUCCUUUGCGCACAACGUGGCAUCAGAUGGGAUGUACAUCGCCACAGUCAGCACAACUGCAGAAACCACCAACCCAGAGAAAGAACUGCAGCCAGGACUCGAGCUCCUCGAACCCAUCGUGCACAAAUUUGUGUCUGUCAGCAAUCUGCUAGUUCCAAAUGAAGAUGGAAAAAAGAGUCAGAUAUUUGUGUCCCGCUCGUAUGAUGCAACAAACCACUUUGAGACUGAGUGUGAGGACAUCAAAGACAUGUACCAGCGACUCACAGGGACAGAGCUCAGCUUUGCAGGAUCCAGGCACCAGUCUCAUAACUCUGAUGACGACUGAGGACAGCUUGAUGUCAGCAGCUGGGAGGCCGUAAAUGUAUGUGGUGUAUAAUCAUCAUUCAUGGAUGAUUAUAUGCCACAGCUGUAAAGCAGAGGGUGUGAUGUAGGGUGUAGACUGAACAGAGAGUGUGCUACGUAACUGCCUGACGUCUCUUUUGCCUCUUAAUUUGUUUGCUGUAAUUUCUCUCUCGUGUGAAAAUCUGCUAAAUAAUGAUGUUGCUACUUUGUUAUGAGAGAAGGUAAUACAUCAAUAUGACUUUUCUGCUGGAUAGUUUUUACAUCGGUUGUUUACACCAGAGUGAAACUUUUUUUUAUUUUAUAUUACUUAUCAGGUUAUAUUGACUAAAAAACAGAAAAUGUUGUGAAAGUAUUGAAUGUAGUGUCUACCUUCACAUUCAAUGUUUGUUUGCUCUUCAAAUUCACUUAUGUAUGGCUGAAUAAUUUCUGCAUAAGGAAAAGAGGUCGCCUAACUGGAUGUCAAUCAAUCAAUCAAGGCUUUAUUCGCCACAUGCAGGUUGCCCUGCAGUGAAAUGGCCUUACACACACACACACACAACACAGACAUCACAUGGGGAUAC